UAUAUAUAUAUAGAUAGAUAGAUAGAGAGAUAGAAGUGUGUGUGCCAAGUUUUUGUUGGCUUUUUUGUUGAAACAGUUCGCCUGAUCGAAAUUGUGGGAGAAGGCGCAGCUGGCUGGGCGGUCGGCUCUUUGUGUUCUCUGGCUCUUUGACUUGACUCUAGAAGAAGCGUAAAAGAAAAGUCGCAUUAACGUAAAUCUCAACGGGUGCCACAAAAAGUAAACAGACGCAGUAGCUGACUAUAACAACAACAGCAAUAAAUCGAGUGCAUUUGGCAUACCAGAAACAGCGCAGCAAGCGGAUCGUUUCUUUGUUCUUGGGCCUGCAGCAUAAAAAAGCAACGCAAGAAUGGGAAAUGCAGAGUCAACGAGUCAGUCGGCACAUGAAUCAGUGCCAUCCGCAACGUCCACAGACACGCUCGAUGAGCCCUGGUGGCAGCAAAUAGAACACGAAAACUUAAUACUGCAACAAGUUCAGGAGCAGCUGCAGCCGGCGCACGCUAUGGACACGGAACCAACUGGUGCAGCAGAAGCAGCAGAAGCAGAGCCCAAGCCAGAGGCCGAUGGCUCCACGCUGGAGGAGUUCCGGGAGCAGUUGGCCACCAAGCGUUUGGCACGCCAAACAGCCGUGCAGGAUAUGCGUGAGGAGCUGAGCAAAUUGCGUGAGCAACUGGCACAGGAGAAGGCGGAAAAUCAACGUCUAAGACGACAAACACAGUCGCAGCACGUAGAAGCGCCGCUGGCUGAGGAGUCGCAGCCUGAUCCGGAUGAUGAUAAUCCCAGUAGUCGCAGUCGGCAUGCCAACAUUGAGUUGGCCAACGCACAGUUGGCCCUGCAAUUGGCCAAUGCCGAAAAUCUCUCAUUACGCAGCGAACAGGAUGUUGUUCAACGACAAGUGGGCACCCUUAAGGAGGUCAUUUGCUGUUGCAAGCAGAUGCUCAGUGUCAAGGAGGAGCAAUGUGCACAGCUGAAGAUGAAGCUGCAGGAGAUCGAGAACUCGUUCAGUGAGCGGGAAAUGAAGAUCAUGUCCAACAACUUGCGUCAGGAAUACGAACGUCAGCUGGUCAACAUACGACAGUUGCGGCAAUUGUACGAAGAGCGUCAGCGCGUGGCCGCUGCCGAAUAUGAGAAUCUGCAGCGUCUCAUCUCGAUUAAGAAGGAUGAGCUAAUCGCCGAGCAAGAGAAAACAAAGAGCUGCGAGGAACGAAAUCAAUUGCUGCUCAAGGAGCUGGAAACAGCCAACGAUGAGCUGGCCAAGGUGCGCGAGGAGUGCGCCGAGCACAAGUACGAGAAACGUGCCCUCAAGGAGCAAGUGGGCGCAGUUAAUUUGCUCUUUAGCCAACUUGUAAUGGGCUUCAAUGGCAAGAAUAAUCUGGAUAUUGAUCGCUUGACACAAAUGCUGGAGGAGAAUCGCGACCUGUUGAACGAGAUGACACAGGCGGAGGGCAGCUGCAGCGAUGGCGCAACGCUGCCCAAGCUGCUCUUCGAGCUGGUCGAGCAGGCGGCCAAAUCGGACGACGUUGAGGCAGAAAGUGACAAAAGUCGCAGUGCAACGCCCACGCCAAACUCGGAAAGUGAGGUCAAAGCUAUGGGCGAAGAUAUCACGGACUCUGUCAAGCCAGAGCCGAGCGUCAGAAGGCAUCGCAGGCGCAGUGCCGGAGGAGUGACCGCUACUGCGGCUUCGUUAAAAAGCCAUGAGCCCGAAAUUAUGGGAAAAGUUGCCACGGCCCAAGAAAUCAUUGGUAACUUGCCAAAAGUUUGGAAAGUGUUGAUGGAGCUCUUGAGUCACCACAAAAUCGAGCGCGUGCAGUUUGAAGAGCAGCCAGCAGCUGCCGAGGAUGCCCACAAGGCAGCGCCAACAGCAGCAGCAGCUACAACAGCAGGAACAACAACAUCAGCAGCAGCAGCAGCAGCAUCAGCAGGAGGCGCAACAACAACUGCAACUGCAGCUGCAACAGGCAAAGCUCCAGAGCUGAGUGUCAGCAAGACCUACAUCAAGCUAAAGGAUCUGAUUAUGGAAAAGAAAUCUCUGGUUAAGGAAACGAAUCGUCUGAAGACUCUCAACUGUCAUUUGGACAACAGGCUGAACGAGCAGGAAAAGCGUUUGAGUGCGGUCAGCUUGGAGCUGACGAAGACUUGGCAUCUGGUUGGCAAAAUGCAGCGUCAGCAUCGCCAGCUGCACACACAGGAGCAAAUACUGCGCUAUCAGCUGCAGCAGAAACGGCGUCUGCUCAGCGAGCUGAAGGAUGAGCUGGAGUACUGUCGACGCAAAUGGGCGGCGGCACGGGCCAAGAACGAUGAGAGCCAGGAACAGUGCAAUGAUUGGCGACGCGAAUUUGCGCGACGCAAACUGGAGGAUGCCAAUCACUCGGCGGAAAGUGGUUACAGCGACUCUGGACCCCAGUCGGAUGAGGACACUGCCGCAGCAGCAGGGGCAGUCGCAGCUGUAGCUGAUGAAGCGUCAGCUGCGGCUGCGGCUGUGGCAGUGGCUGCAGAUGCUGCGCCCCGUCGCAAGCACUUGAGGGAUCAGUUUGAACAUACACGCAAAAUAAAGCGCAUGCAGAGCACAUCGCCGGGUCGUCAGGCGGCAGCUGCAGCCGGACUGGCGGCGGAGGAUGAGGAGAUUGUGCUGCGCUGGAAUAGUGCACCGCCCACUUGUGGCUGGCGCGAAACGGAGGCGGAGGCGGAUGAGGAAGAGGAGGAACAGGAACAGCAGCAACAAGAUGUGGCUGGCACAUCACGCGGUGCAGUGGCCAGAACCGCACACAGCUCACGCAGCAGGCAGCGUGGCAAGUUGCAAGCAACCACAGGCAACUCCCCACACUCGUCACCCACAGAUGCGGGCACAGCCAGUCGCAUACAGAAACUGGAACAGCAAUGCCAAUCGCUGAUACAACAGGUGCUGGAGACCUCUGGCAAUCGGGAGCGCCUUGAGGUGCAGCUGUGUCGCUUCCAGGACGAGAUUGCGCCCGUGCAGCAUGCUGUGCCGCUGGACGAGUUCAUCAAUCGGAAGCGCUUGGAGCGCAUGACUCGAGCCAGCUCUGCACCGGUCACGGGCGGAGGCAGCCUAACGCCUCGUGAGGAGGAGUACACGCGCAAACGCUCUGAGCGCCUGGGUCGACUGGAGGAGGAAUCACGUCAGCUGCUGUCACGCAUCAAGCGCACCACAGAUCGUGGACACUAUUUGAAGAAAUCGCUGGAUCGUAUUCGACGUGCGCCCAGUCGCGAGGCCAGCUUCGAGAGCAACACCGAGGAGGAGCCCAAGGAAGAGACCGCUGAACCGACCGAGUCGCCCUUAACUGCCGAGGAGCAGGAGUAUACUUCGCGUCGUGCCGCCCGUCUGCAGCGCCUGGAACAUGAGAGUCAACAACUGAUCUCUCAGCUCGCUCGCAACACGGAACGGGGCGAGGGUCUGGCUAAUCGACUGGACACGCUGCAUGAACGUUACGAUGGUCAGGAUCAAGCUCAGGCGCAGGCUCAAGCUCAGACUGCGGCCAGCCUUUCACUGACUGUGGAGCAACGCCUGGAAGACAUCGAGCGUGUCUCGGCAAAUCGAGCGGAGCGUUUGCGUCGCCUCGAACAGCAGGGCGACGAGCUGAUAGCACGUCUGAGCAACACAUCCGAGCGAGGAACCGCCAUGAUCAAUCGCAUAGCACAGCGAGAGGCGAGCCGACGACAGGAGGCAGAGCUGCUCGAGCAGACACUGCCCGUUGGGGAGCAGGUUACCAGCAGCAGCACCAGCAUCGUGGAUGAGGCCAGUGGCGCCGCUUGCUGUGCGACGGUCACAGCAACAGCCAGUCAGUUGGCCCUGCGUCAAUCUACAGGCGCAAUACCCAAGACGCCGGCCAGGAGUCAGCCACAGGCGCAGCUCUGCGCCGCCGCAAGGCAUGAGGAUGCCCACAAGAAGCGCAGCAAGGAGGAUAAAGUUGAGGUCGUGACUGAGGCGAAGGCAGAGACACUGGAGGACAUGGUUCUGCGAUUGCGCUCUUUGCCUUAUCCCACAGCGGGUCCCAGCGCGGCAGUGGAGAACGAUGGUGAGAAGCUGGAGCAGCUACAAGGUGCUGACGAGCUGGAGAAGCAGGAGGAGCUGGGAGAGGAGCAGCAGACGGAGACACAGACGGAAGCGCAGCUGGUUGAAACUGCAAAUUUGGAAAUGCAGCAGCCACAGCAGUAGAAGCCAGAAAGCCAGCUGCAAACUCAAGACUUUCGACGAUUCCAUCUAGCAGCAAUGGAAUCAGAUUGGACUCCUUAUAACUAUUAUAUGCAAAAAUGUUCAUUAGAAUUUAAAUAUAAACUACGAAACUCGCAAGAUUAACUGCUCAG